CCUCCCACACAGAAUUUAUGCGCAAGCGUAAACUAUGAUUGGGAGCACUUUAUCUCGCAGGGAGCCCAGUCCUUUUUUCGCUCCUCAAAGCUCCGUCUCCUGCGGCCAAUCAUCGGGCCUCGCCCAUUGCAAUGACCAAUGACUCUGAGCGUGGGGGCGUGGUUGGGCGUCCGGGGGCGCGGCCUGGCGCUGAGAGAAGCGGCGGGGCGAACCAGGGGCUCUAGUGAACAACGCAGCCGGACAGAGGUCGCCGGCUGGCGGCUAGAGGAAGCGGCCCGGGCCCGGCGGUCCCCGAGAUGUCACGAUGGCUGUGGCCAUGGUCGAACUGUGUGAAAGAGCGUGUCUGCCGCUACUUGCUACAGCACUACUUGGGUCACUUCUUCCAGGAGCACCUCAGCCUAGACCAGCUCAGCCUGGAUCUGUACAAGGGCAGCGUUGCCCUGCGGGAUAUUCACCUGGAGACCUGGUCUGUGAACGAAGUCCUGAGGUCGAUGGAGUCACCACUGGAACUGGUGGAAGGCUUCGUGAGUUCCAUCGAGGUGGCUGUCCCCUGGGCGGCGCUCCUCACUGACCACUGUACUGUAUGUGUGUCAGGCCUCCAGCUGAUCUUGCAGCCCCGCCAGGGACCAGGACCAGGGGCUGCUGAUUCCCAGAGCUGGUCCUCGUGCAUGACCACGAGCCUGCAGCUGGCCCAAGAGUGCCUGCGUGAAGGGCCGCCUGAACCCUCAGAACCACCUCAGCCCCUGGAGGGGCUGGAAAUGUUUGCACAAACCAUUGAGACUGUGCUUCGGAGGAUCAAGGUGACCUUUCUGAACACUGUUGUGAGGGUGGAGCAUUCAGUGGGUGAUGUGGAACACGGUGUGGCUGUGGAGAUCCGGGUGCAGAGACUGGAGUACUGUGAUGAAGCCGUUCGGGACCCAAGCCAGGCACCGCCUGUGGACGUGCACCAGCCGCCAGCCUUUCUGCACAAGCUCCUGCAGCUGACAGGGGUUCGCCUGCACUUUGAGGAGCUGCCCUCCCAGGUGGACCCGCCUAAACCCCCUUUGCAGAUUGGCAGCUGCACAGGGUACAUGGAGCUAAUGGUGAAGCUGAAGCAGAACGAUGCCUUCCCGGGCCCCAAGUUGGAGGUAUCAGGACAGCUGGGCUCCCUGCACCUGCUCUUGACCCCACGCCAGCUCCAGCAGCUUCAAGAACUACUCAGUGCCAUCCACUUUGCAGACACAGGAGGCCUGGCUGACAAGCUAAGCAAGAGCCGUCCACUGGGCGCUGAAGACCUGUGGCUCAUUGAGCAGGAUCUGAGCCAGCAGCUGCAGGCGGGUGCCGUGGCUGAGUCCCUCAGCCUACACCCCAUCUCCAAUCCCCUCACUGUGGACAGCACUGACCUCUUCUUCUCCAUGGCUGGCCUCACAAGCAGUGUGACCUCGGCUGUCUCUGAGCUCUCCAUGUACAGCGUAGACCUGGGCUCCUCUGCUCACAGUAACAUGGCCUUCCACCGGCCCUCUACCCCAACACAUUCAGGUGGCAAGACGGCCCCAGCUCCUCUUCCAGACACCAUGCGCCCUGACUCACUGCUGAAGAUGACCUUGGGAGGUGUGACCCUGACCUUGCUUCAGACAGCUGCCCCAUCUUCAGGACCACCUGACCUCGCCACCCACUUUUUUGCCGAGUUUGAUGCUGCCAAAGAUGGGCCCUUCGGCUCGAGAGACUUCCACCACCUCCGGCCACGCUUCCAAAGGGCCUGCCCUUGUAGCCAUGUCCGACUAACAGGCACAGCUGUGCAGCUGUCCUGGGAGCUGCGGACUGGUGGGCACAGUCGGAGGACAGGCAGCACAGAAGUGCACUUCGGGCAGCUGGAGGUGCUGGAGUGCCUGUGGCCCAGGGCCACCUCAGAGCCAGAGUACACAGAGAUCCUGAGCUUCCCCAGUCACUCGGGCUCCCAAACCUCAGCUCGACCCUGUGCCCACCUGCGCCACACACAGACCCUGCGCCGGGUGCUCAAGAGCCGGUCCCGGCGAUCAGUUGCCUGCCAUUGCCAUUCAGAACUGUCCCUGAACCUAGCUGACUUCCAAGCUGACGUGGAGCUGGGGUCCCUGGACCGACUUGCUGCCUUGCUUCGUCAAACCACCACACCCUCUGAGCCACCUGCUGGCCUGCUAACAGAGCCCCCACAGGCCACCGAGCAGCAGACAGUGUUUCGGCUCUCAGCACCCCGGGCUACCCUGAGGCUACGCUUCCCCAUCCCAGAUUUACGGCCUGAGCGGGAUCCCUGGGCCGGCCAGGCUGUGAGGGCUGAGCAGCUGCGAUUGGAACUGAGUGAGCCCCAGUUCCAUUCAGAGCUCAACAGUGGACCUGGCCCCCCAGCUCCCACCCGCCUAGAACUUACCUGCUCAGAUCUGCAAGGGUUCUACGAAGAUGGAGAGAAGCCACCUGUCCCCUGCCUGCGAGUCUCUAAAGCUCUGGAUCCCAGGAGCACUGGGACCAAGUACUUUCUACCUCAGGUAGUGGUGACCCUGAACCCCCAGUCCAGCGGCACACAGUGGGAGACAGCCUCUGAGAAAGGUCAGGACCUAGAACUGUCCACUGAGAGUCCCUGCGAACUGCGGCAGCCUGAGCCCUCACCUUUCUCCUCCAAGCGGACCAUGUAUGAGACUGAGGAGAUGGUGAUCCCUGGAGAUCCCGAGGAGAUGAGGACAUUCCAGAGCCGAACGUUGGCGAUGUCCCGCUGUACCCUGGAUGUGAUCAUGCCCAGUGCCCACAUCUUCCUGCCAAGCAAGGAGGUCUACGAAAGCAUCUACAACAGGAUCAACAAUGACUUGCUCAUGUGGGAGCCUGCAGAUCUGCUUCCCAAGUCCACCACUGCCGCUCGGCUGCCUGGCUCAUUAGGGUUCAGGAUGUGCAAGUCGGCCUUCAAGCUGGACUCAGACUCGGAUGAAGAAGAUACCCAGUUCUUCUCGAUGGCAUCAGGUGCCCCCCAUACUCCUGCCCCCGAGCCUUCCCAUCGUCAGGCCCAGAGCACCUUCUCCACACUUGUGACAGUGCUGAAGGGUCGGGUCACUGCGCUCUGUGAGGCUAAGGAUGAGUCAGGGAAGCGGCUGGAUGUCACUCACGGGGAACUGGUACUAGAUGUGGAGCAGGGAACCAUCUUCAGUGUCGCCCAGUACUGUGGCAAACCCGGGCUUGGCUACUUCUGCCUGGAAGCUGAAAAGGCCACACUCUACCAUAAAGCGGCCGUUGAGGACUACCUGCUGCCCACUCACCUGGAACUACCCAGCUUUGCUCCCCCGGCCCAGCUGGCUCUAACCAUCUACCCAUCAGAGGAAGGGGUGACUGAGCGGGGAACCUUAGGCCGCAAGGGCCAGGGCUCCCCCAUGCUGUCUGCAGCUGUCCGAAUCCACCUGGACCCCCACAAGAAUGUCAAGGAGUUUUUGGUGACAAUAAGGCUACACAAAGCCACCCUGCGCCACUACAUGGCCCCACCUGAGCAAAGCUGGCACUCCCAGCUACUGGACUUCUUGGAUGUCCUGGAUGACCCUGUGCUGGGCUAUCUGCCCCCAACGGUCAUCACUGUUCUACACACACACCUAUUCUCCUGUGCUGUGGACUACAGGCCCCUCUACCUCCCGGUGCGAGUCCUCAUCACUGCUGAGACCUUCACCCUCUCCAGCAACAUUGUCAUGGACACCUCUACCUUCCUACUCAGGUUCAUCCUUGAUGACUCUGCUUUGUACCUGUCCGACAAGUGUGAGGUGGAGGCCCUGGAUCUUCGGCGAGAUUACGUCUGUGUCCUGGACAUCGACCUCCUAGAGCUUGUGAUCAAAACCUGGAAGGGCAGCACCGAGGGAAGACUGAGCCAGCCACUGUUCGAGCUGCGCUGUUCCAACAAUGUGGUACACGUGCACAGCUGUGCCGACUCCUGUGCCCUACUGGUCAACCUGCUCCAGUACGUAACCAGCUCUGGUGACCUGCACCCCCCACCCCGGCCCCCCAGCCCCACGGAGAUCGCUGGCCAGAAGGUACAGCUCUCGGAGAGCCCUGCCUCCCUACCCUCAUGCCCUCCAGUGGAGACAGCCCUCAUCAACCAGCGAGACCUGACUGAUGCCCUUCUGGAUACUGAACGGCGUAGCCUGCGGGAGCUGGCCCAGUCAUCAGGAGGCCCCCUUCCUCAGGCCUCUCCUGUCUCUGUCUAUCUCUUCCCCGGUGAACGGAGUGCGGCCCAGGCCCCUUUGCCUCCUCCUGGGGGCACUUCUCAUACCUUGGAGUCCUGUUCUAAGGCAAAGGAAUAUGAGAAAGAAGAGGAAGGGGACGGAGACGCCCUGGACAGUGAUGAGUUCUGCAUCCUUGACGCCCCUGGCCUAGGCAUCGCGCCCCGAGAUGGGGAGCCCAUUGUGACACAGCUGCACCCAGGCCCCAUCAUUGUGCGGGACGGACACUUCUCCCAGCCACUGGGAAGCACUGACCUGCUGCGAGCGCCCGCCCACUUCCCAGUGCCCAGCAGCCGUGUGGUACUACGGGAGGUCUCCUUCAUCUGGCACCUCUAUGGGGGUAGAGACUUUGGCCUUCACCCCACUCACAGAGCAAGAGUUGGCUUCACAGGCCCCAGAGUCUCCCCUUCCCGUUCCUCUGGUCCCAACCGACCUCAGAACUCCUGGCGUACCCAAGGUGGCAUCGGACGGCAGCACCAGGCCCUCAUGGAGAUCCAGCUCAGCAAAGUGAGCUUCCAACAUGAAGUAUACCCAGAAGAGUCAGCCACAGGUGGGGGCCCUGGCCAGGAGCUGGAAGAGCGGCCACUGUCCCGCCAGGUGCUCAUUGUUCAAGAGCUAGAGAUCCGAGACCGGCUGGCCACCUCCAAGAUCAACAAAUUCCUUCAUUUGCACACGAGCGAGCGACUGCCAAGGCGCUCACACUCUAAUAUGCUUACCAUCAAAGCGCUGCAUGUUGCUCCUACCAGCAGCUUGGGAGGGCCAGAGUGCUGUCUUCGGGUCUCCAUGAUGCCUCUAAGGCUCAAUGUGGACCAGGAUGCCCUCUUCUUCCUCAAGGACUUUUUUACCAGCCUAGCAGCUGGCAUCAACCCCAUGGUCCUAGGAGAUGCUUCUGCUGAGGCUCACCGAGAAACCCACAGCCGGCCCAGCAGCCCCCAGGAAGGGAAGUCUGAGGGCACAGAGACAGCAAGUCGUCCCCGUGAGACUCCAGGCAGUGGCCACAGCUCCUCUGACCCACAGCCCAUCUACUUCAGAGAGUUCCGCUUCACAUCUGAGGUGCCCAUCUGCCUGGAUUACCAUGGCAAGCAUGUCACCGUAGACCAGGUGGGCACUUUCACAGGACUCCUCAUCGGCCUGGCCCAGCUCAACUGCUCCGAGUUGAAGCUCAAGCGGCUUUGCUGCCGGCAUGGUCUCCUGGGUGUGGACAAGGUGCUGGGCUAUGCCCUCAAUGAGUGGCUGCAGGACAUCCGCAAGAAUCAGCUGCCUGGCCUGCUGGGAGGCGUGGGUCCCAUGCACUCAGUUGUGCAGCUCUUCCAAGGGUUCCGGGACCUCCUGUGGCUACCCAUUGAGCAGUACAGGAAAGAUGGGCGCCUCAUUCGGGGGCUGCAGCGUGGAGCUGCCUCCUUUGGGUCGUCCACAGCCUCUGCUGCUCUGGAACUGAGCAACCGUCUGGUCCAGGCCAUCCAGGCUACAGCUGAGACAGUAUAUGACAUCCUGUCCCCGGCGUCUCCCAUCUCCCGCUCCCUCCAAGACAAGCGGUCUUCACGGAAACUGCGCAGAGGCCAACAACCUGCCGACCUCCGGGAGGGCGUGGCCAAGGCUUAUGAUGCUGUCCGAGAGGGCAUCCUGGAUACAGCUCAGACCAUCUGUGAUGUGGCAUCAAGGGGCCGUGAGCAGAAGGGACUGACGGGUGCUGUAGGGGGUGUGAUCCGACAGCUGCCCCCAACAGUGGUAAAACCAAUAAUCCUAGCAACAGAGGCCACAUCCAAUGUGCUUGGGGGCAUGCGAAACCAGAUCCUACCAGAUGCGCACAAGGACCAUGCUCUCAAGUGGCGCUUGGAGGAGACCCAGGACUGACUGCAGGCACCCGAGAUCUACCCACUGUCCAACAUGCUCACCAUGUCCAGCAGCCACCGUGGUGCCACCAGCUCCCCGGUUUUCUGAGAGCUGAGACCCACAGCGAGGCCACCAGGCCCGUCAAGGGAUGGCCUCUAUGAGGGAUGCCUGCCCAGCCUGCCUGUUGCCAAUAAGCCGUGAGAGUGGGGCCUCCGGCGUUGGGACCUCUGCCCUGUCUGUGCACUUUCGUCUGGGGAGAAAGGACGCUGCUCCUCCCUGCUACCUGGGCCCACACUGCUGCCUUGUUCCAGAAUGAGGAUGGAGGCUUUUGGACCCUUGGACCCCACUCAGCCAAGUGUCUCUCCGUGUUUCAUGGGGAGGUGGGGGACAGAUGCCAUGUGGGUCAGUGUAUUUUUAAGAUCCCUGAGCGUGUGGGUCAGUGUCUGCAUGAAGUGGAAUAAACUUGCCCACCGCCAGCCCCUCUUCCAGGUCCUGUGUACCUGUGAGGCCCCAGCCUGCCCUGCCCCAGCCUAUAUACCAGUUCCCACCUCUGCACGCAGUACUCUCCUGUUGCCACCAGGGGGCACCCCACCCCACCCUCAGCCUUCUGAUGCAAACCAGCCUACCUCUUCCACUUUGGGCCCAACCUAGCUUGGGCCUAUUACCCUGGCACUACUUCUGAGUGACAGUUGCUGAGUGAAGCUGGUGGGGGAGUCUCCUGGUGGUCACAGAGGAGGAAUGGCUCCAGGAGCCCACAUCAAAGCUACAUUUCUUGAUUUCUAUCCCUGUAGGAUCCCAAGGUCCAGCCUUAUUCUUGGGUUAGAGCAAAGCAGUUUCAGGCUACUCCUGUGAAGCCCUGGAUUGUGGCCUAAGGCUGCACCUAUUAGUCUGCCAGCUGAGACAGCAUUCAGGACUGUCCCUCUGUAGAAGGCUGAUUCCUAGGCCCUAUGGAGGCUGUUCCCACCAUCUUCAAAGAGGCUGUUGGGGUGCCUAGGUCUUGAAGGGGAGACAUGUUGGGACAAUGCUGUGGCAUUCUGAUGCCCAUUGCCCCCAUCCCACAUACCUUGUUCACAAGGAAGCCACCCACGGACUCCACCCUCGGUGGUACUGCCAGGAAUUGGGUGGGUCUGUGGGGAGGCUGAGGGUAAGUUAGGAACCAGAGGUCUCUCACUUUGCUAGGCAUCUCUGAUGACCUAUGAAAUUAGCUGUGGUCUUUUGGUCCACAUUGUAGAUCUAAAUAUUGAACAGAGACUUGUCCCUGUCCCUUACUCCCCCCUUCCCCCACUUUGCCUGCAUGUAGUUAGCUGGGACUCACAGACUAGUCAAGAGAUCAAGCCCAUGGGUGGUCAGGGUCUGCCACUGGGUAAUUGAAGGUCCUGUCUGGCACUUCCUGGACCCGCCCCACCAGCUGGGGCACAGUCCAGGUCUGCUGCCCUUCGGACCCCACUUGUGAUCAGUAUUGAUGGCAGUGGGCUAAUCAUUAACACUACCAGGGCUGGGCCAACGGCUCAAAAGCCUCUGGGCCCAGGGUGGCCCCACUUCCUCCUUGUGCCCUGAAGGCCAGCUAGGUGCAAGGUAAGAGCUCCCAGCUACUCCCGCUGCUUGUGCAUGGAUGUCUCCAACUCCAAGCCUUCCUGCAGGGCCAUCAGCCUUCUGAACAAGAAAAGAAAGGCAUUCACAAACCUCACCAAGGGUCCAGCUGCCUGGUGAGGUCACUCCUGAGCCUGUCUCAGAAAUGAAGAUGCAGCCUCCAGGAAGAUGAGAAUUGGCCAAAGCCACGCAAGACCUUCUCUGAGGACCUGUGCAACAACAAAAUGGAUGACCCAAGUCCCAACGUCAUCUCUCACCCCUUUCUGUACCUGAGUGGCUUUGAUCCCAUUGUCUCAGCUUUCCUGGAUUCCCAUCCAGCACGGCUAAGGCCGGGCUCUGGGACCUUCCCUGGCUCCUGCAGUGUCUGUCUCUCCCCCCACUCUUAUCUGAAUGCUUAUCUAAUCCUUGGCUGGUCCAGGCCUCCAGAGAACAAAGUCCUCGGUUUACUCAUCUUCCAGGGCUGGUUCCACACCCACUGGCAUGGGAGGUACUGGAGAUGCCCUGUCUGAACAGAUGGCACUAGACCAUCCCUUACUUCAUCCCAGGCUUACGGUGGAAGGGAUGGCAGGUGGCCCCUGGCCUGGGUUUCCUCCAUCUGUCUGUACCAAGCUCAUAAAAGCCUCUAAUGCUUUGGGGAACUUUCUCAACCCAGAGCACACCCAGCUCCCUCUGGUCCAGUGUCUUUCCCCAGCAGACCCUGAACCUAUGAACAUCUUUUCUUGCUGGCUCCUCCCGCUCUCCCAGAACCCUGAUUGCCUCUAGGACACCUGCAUGAGCCCCUGAAACUUGCCUGAGUCACUUGCCCCACCUACUUCCCUGGUGCAGGUGGCUUAUUAGUGAUCCUGCCGACCUCAUCACCAGCAUUUAUUUCCUUUACAACCUGUGGACCCCUGGAAAUGACAGUCACUGACUGUUUCCUGUAGCCUCGGAGACUAACACAGAAUUGCUUAAUAAAUAAAUGCUCAUUU